AUGUUUAACUCCUGCACAUGUAACCCCUCUCCCUCUGUCCCUCUCUGUGUAGUGAUUGAGGAGAAGGGGGUGAGGAUGAAGCUCACAGUGAUCGAUACUCCAGGAUUUGGUGACCAGAUCAACAACGAGAACUGCUGGGAGCCCAUAGUGAAGCAUGUCAACGAGCAGUAUGAGAAAUACCUGAGAGAAGAGCUGCAUAUCAACAGGAAGAGGAGGAUACCAGACAGCAGAGUCCACUGCUGCAUCUACUUCCUCCCCCCCACCGGACACAGGUUACGCCAAAUCGAUGUUGAGUUCAUGAAGAGGUUGGGAAAGAUAGUGAGCAUCGUACCUGUCAUCGCCAAAGCCGACACACUCACCAUUGAGGAAAGACAGGAGUUCAAAGAGAGGAUAAGGCAAGACCUAGCAGCCAAUGGGAUUCGUGUUUACCCCCAGAAAGAGUAUGAUGAGGAUCCGGAGGACAGCAUCCUUAAUGACAGGAUCAGGGAAAGCAUUCCCUUCGCUGUGGUGGGAACGGAUAAGGAGCACCAGGUUAAUGGACACAAGGUGCUGGGACGUAAAACAAAGUGGGGAAUCAUUGAAG